AUGGUCCCGCAGCAGAUCAUCGUUUCGGACGGACGGUCUCUGACGCCGACCCCGAACGGAGUCGUGUUCGGCUCGCAGCUCGUCGACAAGAACUCUUCGACGCCCUACACUGACGCCACUCAGACGAAGAAGAACAACCCGAACCACAUCAAGAGGCCGAUGAACGCGUUCAUGGUGUGGUCCCAGAUCGAGCGCAGAAAAAUCUGCGAGCAAACGCCCGACAUGCACAACGCGGAGAUCUCCAAAAACCUGGGCCGCGUCUGGAAGACCUUGAACGACGAAGAGCGACAGCCGUUCAUCGACGAGGCCGAGAGGCUCCGGCAACUCCACAUGAGGGAAUACCCCGACUACAAGUACAGGCCGCGCAAGAAGACGGCCAAGCCGACGCAGCGGAGCGGCGGCGUCACGAAGCAGAAGCGCAAGCAGCGCGCUGACACCAACAACAACAGGGGCUCGGCUAGACGACGAUCGCGUCCGGCGCCCCCGAGCGUCCCCACCAUGGUCACGGACACGCCGGCGCCCCCCGCCCUGCCCGCGUCGCCCGCGGGCGCUCCCGACUCCCCCGAGUCCGCCUGCCUCUACGACGAUAACUCCCGCCGCGAGCAGACCGACCUCACGGACCUCUAUUCCAUCACGGACCUGCUGCAUCUGCCGGCCGACUGCGAGGUCGACCUGGACGUCCUCACGGACAUGGAGUCGUUCGAGACGGCCUCCUCCUCGUCCGGCUCCCACUUCGAGUUCUCUUGCACGCCCGACGUGUCGGACAUGCUGAGCGAGAUCGGCGUGACGAGCGACUGGGACGAGACGGCGUUCUCGUCGUACCUCACGUCCUCGUAG